AAAUACUGUAAAUUUGAUAAAAAUAAAAAUUAAUAAUAUUUUUAUUAUUUUUUCUAAAAUUUUUUGAACUGAAAUUAGUCUUAACAAAUUGGCCCUGCAUCAACUGGGCUUGAGCCUCACUGAUGAAAAGAAAAGAAACUUUUCCACCCCGGAAGUUUAGCGACCACGCUGAGUCAAGCCAGGCCUCACAGUCCAUAGAGACCCGUUGGCGCCUAAAUCCUGUCAUUUUCUAAAUCUUCCCGCCAGUUCCAACAUCCAAAAAAGUAAAGAAAAAAAAAAAUCACUGCAAAACCCUAAUCACUCAAUUCAGAAUCAGAGAGAGCAAAAAUGGAGAACGAUGAGCCAGUUACGGCAGCUAGACGCCGUACCAGAGGGCCAGAAGCAACAGCACGAGCAUCAGCCUUAGAACGACUCAAAGCGCUACGUCAAGGAGGCCGGAGAUCAGAAAAUGGUGCUGGAUAUGACAUCAAAAUGGAAACUCCAAUCUUCGACACAGUCUCCGAGGACGAUUACGAUAAACUCGUUGCACAACGUCGUUUGGAGGCUCAAGGCUUCAUUGUCGACGAUGACGGUCUAGGUUACGGCGAUGAAGGCGAAGAAGAGGACUGGUCUCAGGCUGGGUUACCUCCAUCUUCAGAUGAAUCUGACGGAGGAGAGACAAAUAAUAAGAACAGAUCUAAAAGAAAAAAGACGGAAAAGAAAGAGAAAGGCAAAAGUAAAGUAAUAAAGAAAGUUAACAGUUCGCUAUCAGCGGCGGCUGCUGCGCUUAUGGGAAAACAAAGGAUAUCGUCGAUGUUUACAUCGACAGUGUUUAAAAAUAGAGAUAAGAAUUUAGAUUGUGAGAAUAUUGUUGAUGACGUUAUUGCAGAGUUUGCUCCUGACGAAAACGACAGAGAAAGGCGCAGGAGAGUUCAAUUACCUGUUAAGAUUGAGGGUGAUGUUGUCAAUUUGACGGUUAAUGGCGGUUUAGGCAGGGGUGUCAUGAAUGAUUGUGAUAACGUGGUUAAAUUAGGACAAAAUUGUAGUGUUGAUGAGAGAGAAGGGAUGGUUAUGGAAGCUAAAGAGGUGGAAAAAGGAGUGGAUUAUGAUGAGAAGAGGGAGAUUUUAGCUGAAGUUAAAGAAACGGCGGUGGUGGUGAAGGAGGAGACUGAGAGUGAGAGGGGGCGUGUGCUUAAUGCAAAGAUUAGUAUUGAGGAGAAGGAUCCUGCUUUUAGUGCAAUGGCUGAUUGGCAAGCAGUGAGAAGUGGUGGAAAUGGAAGUGUUGCGGGUGUUACUGAGGAGGUUAAGAGCGGGGUCGUUUGUGACGAGCAAUCUGAGUUUGAGCUUGAGGCUGAUGGUUCGUUGCCUUUUUAUAUAAUUGAUGCUCACGAAGAGAUUUUUGGUGCUAAUAUGGGUACCCUCUAUCUCUUUGGGAAGGUGAAAGCAGGAAAUACAUAUCACAGUUGCUGUAUGGUUGUAAAGAACAUGCAGAGAUGUGUUUAUGCUAUUCCAAAUGGUUCCAUUUUUCAUACGGAGGACAUGAUCAGGCUGGAAAAAGAUGUUGAAGAGUCACGGAUUUCGCCUGCUGAGUUCCGUAAAAAGCUGCAAGAUGUGGCAUACGAGCUAAAAAAUGAAAUAGCAAACCAAUUCUUAUCUCUCAAUGUUUCAAGUUUUAGCAUGACUCCUGUUAAGAGGAAAUAUGCAUUUGAGCGACAAGACAUACCUGUUGGGGAGAAUUAUGCACUUAAGAUCAACUACUCAUUCAAGGAGCCUCCACUUCCAGCAGAUCUGAAAGGGGAAACCUUCUCUGCACUGCUUGGAACUCAUUGCAGUGCUUUAGAGCUUUUUCUUGUCAAAAGGAAAGUGAAGGGACCAUCAUGGCUCUCAGUUUCUAAGUUCUCAACAUGUCCAGCUUCACAGAGAGUGAGCUGGUGCAAGUUUGAGAUCACUGCUGACUCACCAAAAGACAUACGAGUUUCGUCUUCCUCAAAGAACACAAUAGAGAUUCCUCCAGUGGUUGUUACAGCAAUAAAUUUGAAGACCAUCAUAAACGAAAAGCAGAAUGUGAAUGAAAUAGUCUCUGCAUCCCUCAUUUGUUGUCACAAGGCUAAGAUUGACACACCAAUGUUGGCCUCAGAAUGGAAAAAACCUGGUAUGCUGAGCCAUUUUACUGUUGUCCGAAAGCUUGAUGGGGGAAUAUUCCCAAUGGGGUUCUCCAAAGAGGUGACUGAAAGGAAUACACAGGCAGGAUCAAAUGUUCUAGGCAUUGAAAGCAGUGAAAGAGCUUUGUUGAAUCGUCUGAUGAUUGCAUUAAACAAAUUGGAUAGUGAUGUUCUUGUUGGGCAUAAUAUAUCUGGCUUUGACCUGGAUGUUCUACUCCACAGAUCCCAGGCUUGUCGUGUGCCAAGCAGCAUGUGGUCCAAAAUUGGUCGUCUUAAGCGUUCUAUAAUGCCUAAGCUUACAAAAGGAAAUACUAUGUUUGGAUCUGGAGCAAGUCCAGGGAUCAUGUCUUGCAUUGCUGGUCGCCUCUUAUGUGAUACAUAUUUGUGCUCCCGGGACUUGUUAAAAGAGGUUAGUUAUUCUCUGACAGAACUAGCAAGAACUCGCCUAAACAAAGAUCGGAAGGAGGUUACACCACAUGAUAUUCCCAGAAUGUUCCAGUCAUCGAAAUCGCUUAUUGAAUUGAUUGAAUUUGGAGAGACAGAUGCAUGGUUAUCUAUGGAACUCAUGUUUCAUUUGAGUGUUCUUCCUCUCACACGUCAGCUGACUAAUAUUAGUGGUAAUCUCUGGGGAAAAACUCUCCAAGGUGCUAGGGCACAGAGAGUGGAGUAUCUUCUACUGCAUGCAUUUCAUGCAAAGAAGUAUAUUGUACCUGACAAGAAUUCCUUUCAUCUAAAAAAGGAGACAAAAAUGACAAAGCGGAGAAUACAUAAUGGCGUUGAAGAAAAAAAUGCUGAAGAGUUGGAUACUGAUCAUGCCAAUUUUGAUAAUGACAGUCCAGAGAAUGACCGUGGAAAAGGGAAAAAAGGCCCUGCUUAUGUAGGCGGUCUAGUUUUGGAGCCCAAAAAGGGUCUAUAUGACAAAUAUGUAUUGCUUCUGGACUUCAAUAGUCUUUAUCCUUCUAUUAUUCAGGAGUAUAAUAUUUGCUUCACAACAGUUGAAAAAUCUACAGAUGGAUUGGUCCCUCGUUUACCUUCUAUCAAAACAACUGGAGUUCUACCAGAGUUGCUGAAAAAUCUGGUCGAGAGGAGGAGAAUGGUCAAAUCAUGGAUGAAGAAUGCAUCUGGUCUCAAGGUCCAGCAGCUUGACAUUCAGCAACAGGCAUUAAAGCUCACUGCAAAUAGUAUGUAUGGAUGCCUUGGAUUUUCAAAUUCAAGAUUUUAUGCAAAGCCUCUUGCAGAGCUUAUUACUCUACAGGGGCGGGAGAUUCUGCAGAGUACUGUGGAUCUUGUUCAAAAUAAUUUGAACUUGGAGGUCAUAUAUGGCGAUACAGAUUCAAUCAUGAUUUAUAGUGGUUUAGAAGAUAUCACAAAAGCAAAAGCUAUUGCAGGGAAAGUCAUCCAGGAGGUUAACAAGAAGUACAGGUGUUUGGAAAUUGAUCUUGAUGGCUUGUACAAGAGAAUGUUGCUUCUGAAGAAGAAAAAAUAUGCAGCUGUCAAACUUCAGUUCAAAGAUGGUACACCAUAUGAGGUCAUUGAACGUAAAGGUCUUGACAUGGUUCGCCGUGACUGGAGCUUGCUAUCAAAGGAAUUAGGAGAUUUCUGCCUUGCUCAAAUCUUGUCUGGGGGAUCAUGUGAGGAUGUAGUUGAAUCAAUACAUAACUCCCUUAUGAAGGUACAGGAGGAAAUGAGGAAUGGACAAGUAGCACUUGAGAAGUACAUUAUUACAAAGACAUUAACUAAACCACCUGAAGCCUACCCUGAUGCCAAAAAUCAACCUCAUGUUAUGGUAGCACUAAGAUUGAAGCAGAGUGGCUAUACUACUGGUUGCUCUGUUGGUGAUACAGUACCAUAUAUUAUUUGCUGUGAGCAGGGUGCUACUCCUGGAAGUUCGUCAGGAAUUGCUCAACGGGCUAGACAUCCUGAUGAAUUGAAAAAAGAUGAUGGGAAAUGGAUGAUUGACAUAGAUUACUACCUGUCACAGCAAAUCCAUCCUGUGGUAUCACGUCUGUGUGCUUCAAUUCAAGGAACAAGCCCGGAACGUUUGGCUGAUUGUCUGGGCCUUGACUCAUCCAAGUUUCAAAUUAAAUCAAGUGAAGCCAUAAACAACGAUCCUGCUAGCUCACUUUUGUUUGCUGUCAACGAUGAGGAAAGAUAUAGGAGCUGUGAGCCAUUGCUCUUGUCAUGUCCCAGUUGCUCUGGUACUUUUGAAUGUCCCGCUGUCUUCGGUUCCAUUUGUACGUCAAUCAGUGCGAACCCAACAAAACUGCAGGUAGAGGAAUCUGUGUCUAAUUUCUGGUGCAGGAUGCGUUGCCCUAAAUGCCCAGAAGAAGGUGAUACCGGCAGAAUAUCUCCUGCAAUGUUAGCAAACCAGGUAAAAAGGCAAGCGGAGGGGUUCGUUUCUAUGUACUAUAAAGGCUUAAUGACGUGUGAUGAUGAAACUUGUAAGCAUAUUACCCGCAGCCUUAAUCUACGGCUAAUAGGCGAUUCAGAAAGAGGAACAGUUUGUCCAAACUAUCCUCGCUGCAAUGGCCGUCUUGUGAGAAAGUACACUGAAGCAGAACUCUACAAGCAGCUUUCAUUUUACUGCUAUCUAUUGGAUACAGUCCGUUGCAUGGAAAAGAUGGAUGCCGGCACUAGAAUAUCACUAGAGAAGAAGAUUACCAAGAUACGGCCGAUGGUUGAUUUGGCAGUAUCAACAGUGCAGAAGAUCAGGGAUCGGUGUGCUUAUGGAUGGGUACAGUUGAGCGACUUAAGUGUCACAGUUUGAGCUAAAUGAUGUAAAUAUCAGCCUAAAGCCAAGUGAGAUUAUUUUCGUAACUUAGCAAAAUUGUGCAUAUAUAUAAAACUGAUUAUUUUUCGAUUU